CACUAAAACUGAAAACUCUGUACUCAUUAGAGAAAAUUCCACCCCUUCUCCUUGUUUCAGCUCCUGAAGCAAAGUCCAGAAGAAGCAGCAAAGUUUGGUUCCCCCGACCCACCAGGGGCUCCAGGUCCAGGAAGGACGGUGCAACGGCACAGGCUGCGUAAGCCCCUGAAGCAAAGUCCUGGGGAGUUUCCCCCCGCAGUUGAUUUUGUUCCAGCAGCAAAGAUUGCCCUUCCCAGCCCACCAGGCCCGCCAGGACCAGGAAGGACGGUGCAUUAGCACAGGCUGUGUAAGAUGACAUCUUUCAAAUCUCUCAUGGAGUCCAUGGAGUCUCUCUCUGCACUCAUGAAGGAUGUGGAUAUAGAGUUAGACCCAAAGGCAUUGUUCAAUGCAGCUAUACAAGUAUAUGAGAAAUUCAUGCAUCUCUUCAAAGAUGGAAGCCCUGAGGUAGCUGCUUUGAAAGCUCAGGAGGCACUGGAGUCAUUUGAAAAUACGAUGCUCAACAUUGCUGUUACAGGAGAGACGGGUGCAGGGAAAUCAUCCUUCAUCAAUGCCAUCCGGGGACUGGAGACUGAGGACAAAAUGGCUGCCCCAACUGGUGUGACAGAAAUGACAACAGAGCCAACUGCUUAUCCACAUCCUACCUACCCUAACGUGACCCUGUGGGAUUUGCCAGGGAUUGGGGCAAUGGCUUUUCGGCCGGAAAGGUACCUCCAACAGGUGAAAUUCAGUCGCUAUGACUUCUUUAUCAUCAUCGCCUCAGAGCGGUUCCGUUCCAGCCAUGCCGCCCUGGCCCGGGAGAUCCAAAAAAUGGAGAAGAAGUUCUAUUUUGUGCGCUGCAAAGUGGAUGAAGAUUUGGCCAAUGAAAGAAGGGCUCACCCCAAAAUUUACAGUCAGGACAGUGUCUUACAGAGGAUCAGGGAGAACUCCGAGAAACAUCUGAGACACCAAGGGGCGUCCAACCCACAGGUCUUUCUUCUCUCCAACUGGGAGUUCGACCAGUAUGAUUUUCGCCUACUGGUGGAUACGCUGGAGAAGGACCUCCCCAGUCUACAGAGACUUGUGUUUCUGCUCAGCUUGCCCAACCUCUCUCCUAAAAUCAUAGAGAAGAAGAAAGCUGCCCUGAAGAAGCAUUUAUGGAAAAUAUCCCUGGUGUCAGCUUGUAUCAAUGCUGUUCCCCUUGAGAGAGUCUCUCUCGCGUGUGACAUUGGAAUCCUGCUGGUCUCCAUGAUUGCCUUCUACAAGCGAUUUGGCCUUGAUGGUGACUCCCUGGCUAAGCUUGCCAGGCAGGCUGCAAAGCCCGUCACAGAGCUCAAGGCUGUUAUCCUAUCGCCGCAGGUGGAAGAACUCACCAGGGACUUCUUACUGAAGAAAUGUGUCAGUGUUGGGUGCGGCAUCGCCAGGUUAUUUGAACGUCACUUUAAGCUGGUAUCAGUGUUUAGCACCGUAGCUGUAGCAGCGUUGUCUUUCACUACCACAUAUUCCAUACUGUCAAGCUUCCUGGAUCAAGUUGCUGAAGAUGCAAAGAGAAUUCGCAAGAAAGCCCUGGAAUAUACCCUGCACACUGGGGCCCAUGAUCUUGGUUGGGGCCUCUAUGAGCUUCUAAAGAUGGCGUUAGCAAGAGGUGCUUUGGAUGAUAGAUUUCAGGAUACGGAUUUUAAUCUCUCCACUGUUCCCAAAGAGGAUCUCGAAAAGCUAAUGGCCGCUGUUGAAAGAGGGAAUAUUUCAGAAAUGGUUUCUAAAGUGCAGGAAUCCCUAGAGCAGUUGGAAAAUGUGAAACUCAACAUCGCCAUCACGGGGGAGUCGGGAUGUGGGAAAUCGUCCUUCAUCAAUGCCAUGCGGGGUCUGGAUGAUGAUGACGAAUACGCAGCCAAGGUUGAUGUGACAGAAACAACAAUGGAACCAACUCCUUAUCCUCAUCCCAAACACCAAAAUGUUACCCUGUGGGACCUUCCGGGAAUUGGGACGCCGAGUUUCCGGCCUGACAGCUACCUCCAGCAGGUCAAUUUUGCCUACUACGAUUUCUUCAUUAUCAUUGCUUCCGAGCGGUUCAAAUCCACACACGCUGUCCUGGCCCAGGAGAUCCAAAGGAUGGGAAAGAAAUUUUACUUUGUGCGCUCCAAGGUGGAUGUAGACUUGUAUAAUGAAAAAAGAAGGAAAAACUUCAGUGAGGAGACCACCCUGAAGAAAAUCAGAGACGAUUGCAUGACGAAGUUGCAGGGAGCAGGGGUGACCUCACCGCAGGUUUUCCUUGUCUCCAGAUGCGAAUUUGGCAAGUACGAUUCUCCUCGACUGCAGGAAACUCUGGCAGAUGAGCUAGACUCUCACAAGAGGCACGUUUUCCUUCUUUCCCUGCCCAGUAUUUCCAGACCCAUCCUGGAAAGGAAGAAGAAAGCCCUGCUGAGUCAGAUCUGGAAACAAGGCCUGGUGUCCUGCUUCCUUUCUCUACUUCCUAUUCCAGGUCUUUCUUUUGCUUAUAAUGUUUGUCUACUGAGGCGCUGCAUGGCAAGUUACCGCAAGAACAUUGGCUUGGAUGAUGACUCCCUGGUUAACCUUUCCAAGAUGGUUGGGAAGCCCAUUGCAGACUUGAAGGCAGUGAUAAAGUCUCCGCUAGAAGAAGAAAUGUCAACCCAUUUUAUUGAAUGUCUUCUGGGCAAGGCUGAAAAACAUUACAUGACGUUAACUGAGCACAUCUUCCCUGAGAUAUUUCAAUUCGGUAUCCAUAUAAAAUUAAGGUCUUUUCCAGUCACAUGCGUCAUACUGAAGCACAUUCUAAAUGUUGUUGCUGAAGAUGCCCAAAGGGUCCUGACCAAAGCUUUGGAGGCAGAAGAGAAAAAUUAAAUGUAACAGCAUCAAAAUUUCAGUACUGCCCAAGCAAAGAGAUCAGAUGCCAAAGGCCCCAAUACACUGGAGAGAAGGCAGCAUCUCAAACCUGAUACCACUAUGGAAAAAGUAUUGGAUACGAGGCACAUGCAAUGUGUGUGCAUUCUCUGAUUAAAGCAUUCAUGCUUUCUGUUCAAGCAGCAGGAACAUAGGAAUACAUAUAGGACCCGAUUGUCAGUCAUACAGGACCACUGGGUCCAUCUGCUCCUGUAUCCCAUAUAAGCAGGGAUGCAAAUUGAGUGUUGCUAAACACAAACAUACCAGGAGGGGGGCUUCUGCUUUCUUACACUGUGCUCUGUUUUCUAUUUCCUUCUUUGUGGCUUCUCCUCUUGAUUAACAAGGGGAGUGGCAGGUGCUCU